CGCGGGUUCCGAAAUUUCCGCUCCAAAAGAGCAUUUGAGCAACUGCCGCUUCACCCUCACCGGCCUCAAGAUUGAAUCACACCUAGAAUUUGCAAAACCGACCAGCGUCUACGAAUCAAUCUCGAAGAUUUCCUACGGUACCGGAAGAAGAUGUGGAGCUGGUGGUCGAUCUUCAGAGAACCGCCGCCACCGGUGGUGCUGGUUCCUCCGCUUUUCGAUUACCCCCCUCUCGCUGCUCGUACAAGGAUGCUGGAAUCAUCGUACAACUUGCUAUUUGGGAAGCUUGCGUUGAGAUGCCUUUUUGACGAUUACUUUGAGGAGGCUAGGAACUUUAGCACCAGAAUUAUGCUGAGGCCCAUUGAUGAUCCUCAUGUUGAUUUGAUUGCUACUGUUUCACGUCCACUCGUUAAAAAAUCCAAUGCUGGCGAGGAGCUUGUAGGGAAUGCACAAUUUAGGUGGCAAAGUGACAUUGAGGAUCCUCAUUCAUUUAUCGAUCUUUCUGUCUCGAAUUCUGAACCAAUUCUACUGUUGAGAUCAUCUGCAUUUUAUCCUAAGUAUGGGAUCGGUGCUUUUGGAAUUUUUCCAGUCCCGCUAAAGAGAAGAGUAUCUCCUGAAGAUUUUGGAGUUGUGGGCUUGAGAUAUGGCUCUUCAAAUCUGUCAUUUGGAGCUACAAUAUUGCCUUUCUCUUCAGCCGCUGAUGUUCCAAAAACUGCAUGGUUGGUGAGCAAGGUGGGAAGGUUAACUGCAGGGGUGCAGUAUGAACCACAAUUUGGAAGCAAAGAUGUACCGAAGUAUAAGGACUCAGCAAACUGGAGCUGUGCAGUUUGCUAUGGAGUGGGAUCUGGAAGUCCUUUGAGCCCAUCCUUCAAUUUUGGUCUGGAACUUUCUAGAAAUUCACAGUUUAUUGCUUCAUUUUACCAACAUGUGGUGGUUCAAAGACGGGUUAAAAAUCCUCUUGAAGAAAAUGAAGUAGUUGGUAUAACAAACUAUAUUGACUUUGGCUUUGAGUUGCAGACAAGGGUUGAUGACAAAGACACAUCAAAUGCUAUCCAAGAUUCUACUUUUCAAGUUGCUGCAUCUUGGCAAGCAAAUAAAAACUUCCUGCUCAAGGGAAAAGUUGGGCCUCUCAGCUCAUCAACGGUUUUAGCAUUUAAAUCAUGGUGGAAACCUUCUUUCACUUUCAGCAUAUCAGCUAACAGAGAUCACACAAAAGGACAAACAUCCUUGGGAUUUGGCAUUUGUGUGGACAACAUCAGAGAAGGAAGCUACCAGAGGGCUGAUCCCAACUUUGUAAUGCUGACACCUACUAAGGAGCAUCUGGCAGAAGGCAUUCAAUGGAAAAAUGGAAAGAGGCCGGUAUUGGAGUCUGACAUAAAAUCUGGGAACUUUGAAGACAUCCCAAGAGAACUGCGACCCUUGGCGAAAAUUCUCUAGUUUUAUCUCUCAAUUCAAUCUUUUACCCAAAUAUUGACUUUCUUGAAGUUUGUUGCAGUUUAGCAGUGGUGCCUUUGAUUUGAUUGUUAGAGCAUAAUCUGAGAGAAUUACAUGGGACAACUGAACUAGCUGAUUAAUGAACAAGUUGCUAGAAUGGAAUAUCAAGAUGAAGUCAACACAUGUCAUGACUUUAUCCUUCAACUUUUUUCUCAUUAGUGAGCAAUUUCACUUGCUUACUACGGAGUAAUUUUUGUUAUUGGCAUAAUCUGCCCAUUAAUUGUAGUUGUAGUUUAUAAAAGACCACGACUUUG